CUUUCUGAGUUAUAUAGGAAAGAAACAUAAAAGCUGAAGAGAGAAAGCUGCUUGUUAUUUUUUUUACUCACGCGGGUCUGUAAUUGACCCAAGAUAAUAAACGUGAGAUGUAAUGUCUACAACUACAAGAGAGAGUUGUAACGAGGACCUCACGGGACUGCAACAUGAAGCAUUUAAUAUCAAUGAAGAAGUAGCUACAUCGACGCCUAUAAAUAUGUGUAAGAGAUGGAAGACAAGUUGAGACACGUAAGGAGAAAAAGAAAGAAGAAAACAAAUUAGAAUUAGGGUUUUUCAGUCCAAAACAUGUCUCACAUAGCUGUGGAGAGAAACAGAAGAAGACAAAUGAACGAACACCUCAAGGUUCUGCGUUCUUUAACGCCAUGUUUCUACAUCAAAAGGGGAGACCAAGCAUCAAUAAUAGGAGGUGUGAUAGAAUUUAUCAAAGAGUUGCAUCAAGUUCUGCAAGCUUUGGAGUCGAAGAAACAAAGGAAAAGCUUAAGUCCUAGCCCUGGUCCUAGUCCAAGACCAGUGCUGCAAACUCCUCAAUCUGGCGAUCAAAACCCAUUUGGGAUUUUGAAUUCUAAGGAACUAGGAGCAUGCUGCAACUCUUCUGUUGCAGAUGUGGAAGCAAAGAUCUCGGGAUCAAACGUCAUACUCAAAGUUAUAGCGAGGCGAAUACCAGGCCAAAUUGUGAAGAUAAUCAGUGUAUUGGAGAAACUUUCGUUUGAGGUUCUUCAUCUCAACAUCAGUAGCAUGGAGGACACUGUUCUAUACUCCUUUGUCAUCAAGGUAUAUAUCAUUAAUACAUUCAGCCAAAAUGAAGGAAAAAGGGCUGGAGUGUCGGCUGAGCUUGGAGGAAUUGGCACUUGAAGUUCAACAAAGCUUCUUUCCAGAUGUUGUUUACUCCCACGAGAUGUAAUAUAUAGUUUGUUGCUGUUACAUGCAGUCAUAUAUAUGCAUGCCUCCUAAUAUAUAAUAAUCUCUUGGCAUAAAUACCAUAUGAAUUUCGCGAAUCCAUGGAAUAUAUAUAGUUUACCAUA